CCCCUUUUCUGGUGAGAGAGGGAAGGGGAGAGAUGAGAGACAGGCUGCAGCCGGGGCAAGGGCAAGGGCAGGGGGAAGGAGGAAGGAAAAGCUUUCUCUGGCUGGAAGGCAGUCUCCCCUCCCUCUAGGGAAAGAAACGAAGAUAACGCUGCUUGGGGAAACACUGGCAACUAGGAGCCAGUGUAGUAGGGUAACACCCUGGAAGAAGAGGCGGGGAAAGCAUUUCUGAUUGCAUUGGGGGUUUCUGUUGCUUUGCUGAAGGGGACUUCUUGGGCCUACCCUGUGGCCCACUGUAGCGGGGUGGUCACCCGCUCCUGCCUGGGAAGGGUUAAAGCAGUCUGCCCCAGGGCGUGGGGCUGUGGAAGGAAAGACCUGGGCUGAUUGGGGGAAGCAGCUGCAGCUGGGCCAUGCCCCAAUCAGAGCCCAGCUGGCCCUCUAGAGGCCAGGCACCCAGAGGCUCAGCAGUCUCUCUCUGCACUCAGCGAGAGAAGGGCCUUGCACUCAGAGGAGGCUGCGUUUCAAUGCUGCCUUUGUGUACACGUCAGUAACAUGCCUUGAGUUGCAAGGGCUUGUUUAUUGUCUGAAACUCCCAUUCUCAGGGCUGUGUUCACAUUCUAGAACCGACAUGAGGAAAAAAGAAAAGGUUCUAGAGUUAAUGUCUCUGAGCACCCAGUUGAUAGCCUUGAACCUUCAGUGCAGGACAAACACGAAGUUCUUUAAAACAGUUUACAAUAGCUUCCCCAGCAAGCCUUAGGCUGUGAUGAGAUAAUCCCAACUGCUAUCCACCCUCUCCCAUCGACCAAAGCUGUUCCAGAGGGGAGAGUCUACUGCCGAACUCGACUACAAAACCCCCAUGCUUAUAUAGUGAAACGUAUUAAAACAAUCUUUGCCCCAGCAUUGUUCUCUGGCUGUUAACCUUAGUGACCAGAGGAUCAGUAAGGACCUUGGGAUGGUUUCUGCCAUUUAAUUGCACUGCUUGAAUGAGGAUCUAGACUGGCUAAUGGAGAUGAGGCUGGUUGGAAUUGCCAUUCUUCUUGGGAUGGCAGAUGUUCUCCAGGCCUUUGCAAUCAUGGAGAAGGAAGAUGUAUUCAAGAAAACACCCUGCCCAGCCUUCCUGAUGUUUGACAAUGCUGCCUACUUGGCUGACAUGAGUUUUGAGCUCCCUUGUAAGUGCAAGCCAGAGGAGGUCACCUCAGUCGUGUGGUACUUUCAGAAGAGCAUGGGCAGCCGGCAGACCAAGGUCUUAACAGACUUCGAUGGAACCAUGUUCUUGGACGCAGGCCACAUCCGCGUGGGCAGCGACAUGCUGAAGCGCUUCAGCAUUAGGAUGUUCAGUCUCAUCAUCUUCCAGGCCCAGGUGAAGGAUUCAGGCCACUAUCUCUGUGGUACCAAGGCAGGGGACUUCUUCUAUGGCUAUGAUGUGGACGUGCAGCCCUCCAAGGCCAUCACAGUGGCCUUUGAGGACAGGAGCCAGCACCCACAGAAGGAUCAUACAGAAGAGUAUUUCAGCAUGUUCACCACCUUUUGGGACUGGACCAAGUGUGACCGCUGUGGGGUGAGAGGUGAGCAACGGAGAAUUGGCCUCUGCUAUGUGAAGAGCGCCUACCUUUUCCCCAGGUACCGCACAGUCCCGACAGACGUGGUGUCCUGUGGCUCAAGAUCUGUCCCCGGGCGCUUCCAGGGCAUCAUCCGGCGCAGGAAGCCCGAGGUUGUCAUCCGAAGCUGCCUGACACCCUGUGUAAAGACAAAAGGUCCCGAGGAAGGAGUGCUGUCCAUCUCCAAUCUCAUUGCAAAGAUUGGCCAGAAACCCUGGCUGCCCAAAGUCCCCAUUCAGUUCCACAAGCAACUCCUUGGCAGCGGUCUGAUAAUUGCCUGCCCCGGGGCCAGGCCAGAGCAUGCAGUGGCAUGGGACAAAGAUUCGACUCGAUUGUACCGCACCAGCUUCCUCACUGGGGUCAACAGAAGCAUGCGGGUCUUCAUUGACCAUGGCAACCACCUGCAUAUUCGAUUUGCCCAGCUGGAUGACAGGGGCACUUACUACUGCUGGCGUGAGGGGCAAAUGGUUGCUGGCUUCCGGCUCUCCGUGGGGUUCCGAGGUCACCGCAAGCGAACCCUCGAUGACCCCGAGACGAGAUAUGCCAUCAAGGCCAUCCUCACAAGCUAUGUCCUCAUCACCAUGGUGUUCGUCGGCAUCCACAUCAGCCGCUGCUGCUGCUAUGUGUUCAGAUGCACUCCCAUGGAGUAGCCUCACUGAUGAGCGCUGGCUGCAGGCCAGGGAAAUUAUUUCUCUUGUUCGUUCGUGAUUAUGUCUUGGAACAUUUUCGCUUGGGCUAUUGGGAAUUUUCCUAAUGCACAUUAGCAAUAAAUGCAAGCAAAAUGCUA